UCGUUCGCAUAAGUGACGAUUGUCCCCUGCGGUUGUCAUCGAUGAGCACGGUCGUUUACGCGUCGGCGGCAAGGGAGACGACAUCGAAACGUGAGCGCUGGGAAAGGGAGACGACCAUCAUCAGUGCGUGGCUCCCAAGAUAUUGCACAGCCACCGACGCUGUGAUCUUGYRCGUGSYGGUGUUUGUGGAGUCCAGUGUGAAUCUCGUGAUGUCAUCGGAAGCGGCGUCUGSGAUGGACGUUGACGGCGGGGCAGGGCGCGGUGGUUUGACGRCGGCGGAGAGGACKGCUAUUGCUGCGGUGGUUAAUGCCGUCCUCUUCYGCUGCCAGAUGGCGAGCAAYGACRCRAACUUCAAAGCGGCUGUUCGUGCACGGCGCAAGCUCAUGGCGCUUCUGACGACUGGGCAGUGCUUGGAUGUGGCUGCCAUUUCCGACGCGGUGCUGGAGGUCUGCUACGCGAUGGGGUGCGGGGGGUUUCCACGGGCAACUCCACGGUGGUGGGUGAAGCGGCGAACCGGCGGCACGUGGGAGGAUCUGCGGCAAUGUGAUGACGCCACGGAUGAUUACUUCAAGGAGAAGCUUCGAAUGUCGCCUCGUCCAGACCACAUCAUUGCGUAUGCACUGUAUAGGUGGGCGACGGGGGAGACGUACGACAGCGGGACGUGUAGCUUCGGCAUCGGGAGGGCUUCCGACAUCACGGCGGUGCGUGACGUCACGGCGGCGUUGCUGACUGCUUACCCCGACAAGAUAUCAUGGCCCACAGGUUUGCAAAAGGCGGUCGUGUUGCGCGCCUUCGCGGCCAAGGGGUUUCCAAACUACCAUGGGUGCAUCGACUGCACACAUAUCUACAUCGACAAACCCGCGAACGCCAACGGUGGGGACUACUGCGACAGGAGACGUCGAUUCUCCGUGCAGGCGCAAGUGGUGGUCGACAUGAACUUCCGUGUGUUGGACGUCUUCGUCGGUUAUCCGGGGAGUGUGCAUAACAUGAGGAUGCUGAACCUGUCGAGUUUGUGGGUGCUCGCGGAGUCAGGACAACUUUUCACUGGCCCGCAUGUGAUGCUGCCUUUCGGUGUGCGGACUAAUGGCUACUUGCUCGGCGACAAUGGUUAUCCGCAGUCGGAAUGGAUAGUCGUCCCUUACGGCGGUCUCGCGCAACACCCGACGGAGGCACGCUUCGACAACAAACAGAAGACGGCCAGGGGAGCAGUGGAGAGGGCGUUUGGCAGACUGAAGGGGAUGUGGAGGUUGUUCCUCCGCACCCACAAGUGCAACAUGGACAGCUUGCCACAACAAUUUGUCGCCGUCUGCAUCCUCCACAACAUACUCAUCGACGCCGGCGUCCCGUUUGACGACAAUCUGCUGUGGGAAGUGGGUCCAGACGGCGUGCGUUGUAGAGUGGAUCUGGGGAUGCAUCAGCCAUUGAGGCCAGUGUGCAUGGAGUCUACGAUGGGGGAUGCGCUGAUAUUGAGGGACGCAUUGGCGGAGCGGAUGAUUGCGCAGUGAGGUUGGCCGUGUUCGCAGGUGGAGACCCCGCCAUGAAUGGAACGAGUCUGAGGGACGAAGCUGUGGGAAGCGGGGGAGCACCGAGGAGA